UUUAACAGAUGUACGGGAGAAGACCGUGCCAACGGCACGACAGAUAAACAACUCUGGAGCUAAACCGCGCAUUUUCUCAACCCACUGCUACUACGACUUCUUCUUUAACAAGUAGUAGCCUACCCUACAUUUGAUCUGAGACUUACGGAGUAGGAAGAGUGUAUCGGAGGGCCGUGCGCUGUCAGGAUGUUUGCAGACUGGAUCAGUGGAUGCCCCUGCACAUGCUCGUGACCCCUGAAAUGGUUCAGAGAAAUGGAGGGAUGUUCUCAAGUUGGAGACUAACAACAUCCUUAAAGAUGCCUGAGGGCUCAUUCUGAACCACCAAACACACACACACACACACACACACACACACACACACUCAGACACACACAAACAAACACACACACACACACACACAGACACACACACACACACACACACACACACACACACGGAGUAGAAACUUGCCUGAUGAAUUCCUUAGGGAAUGAAUUGAAUUCCUUCCUCUGGUGUACAAACUCUCCAAGCUAGCAGGUGGGAGUUGCCAUGCCAACUAAAACUGCCAUCCUUGAGACGUCUGUUGCCAUACAGGUAGUAACCAUGACGUUGCUCCUCCCAUGGUCGCUGUCUCUACUGUUGGCCACCACAGCAGUGGCAAGUAAUGAUGACGUCAUUCCUCGCAUCAGCUUCCCCUACCACUCUCAAGAGCGAGGUGUGAGACAGUUCUCCCCUGCUGGAGUGUUUAAUUACACCUCGCUGCUGCUCAGCCAAUCAGAUAACACGCUUUACGUGGGUGCCAGAGACAUGCUGUUUGCCCUCAACAUCAAUGACAUCACCUCCCACUCUCAACAAAAGGCAGUAUUUGCCAUGGGAAACACCUGAGAAGAAGAGAAAGGAGUGUGGCUUUAAAGGGAAAGACCUGCAGAAAGACUGUUUCAACUACAUCAAGCUCUUACUGCGUCUGAACGACACACAUCUGUAUGUGUGUGGAACCUACGCUUUCAGCCCCACCUGUUCUUACAUUAAUGCAGCCAGUUUCUCCAUGCUGAGGGACGAUCAGGGAGAGGUUGUGAUGGAGGAUGGGCGGAGCCGUUGUCCCUUCAGUCCAGAGUACCAGAACACUGCUGUCAUUGCAGAUGGGAUGCUGUAUACUGGGACUGUGAGUAAUUUCCAGGGUAAUGAGCCGACCAUCUCUAAGAGCCUGGGCACCGGAGCUGCUCUCAAAACCGACAACUCCCUCAACUGGCUAGAAGAUCCAGUGUUCGUGGGAUCUGCAUAUAUGCCAGGUCCUGACAGAGACGAUGAGAUCUACUUCUUCUUCAGCGAAACUGGAACAGAGUUUGAUUUCUUUGACAACACCAUUGUGUCCCGCAUAGCACGUGUCUGUAAGGAUGACGAGGGUGGUGAGAGGGUUCUUCAGAAGAAGUGGACGACGUUCCUGAAAGCCCAGCUGCAGUGCUCUUUGCCUGAUGACGGCUUCCCUUACAACAUCGUGCAGGACGUUUUCAUACACACUGCGCCAAGCCGAGAACACACGCUGCUCUAUGCUGUCUUCACCUCACAGUGGCAUAAAGGAGCAUGGGGGAGCUCGGCUGUGUGUGUGUUUAGUAUGAAGCAUGUGGACAGCGUAUUUAACGGCCGAUACCGAGAACUGAACCGAGAAACUCAACGUUGGACCACACACACUCAACCUGUUCCAGAACCACGCCCUGGAGCGUGUGUGAACAGUGCCGUGAGAGAGAUGGGAUUUGAGUCGUCCCUACAUAUGCCUGAUAAAGUGCUGAACUUUGUGAAGGACCACUUCCUCAUGGAUGGAGUGAUCCGCAGUGCUCCUCUGCUGCGCACACAGAGUGUUCGCUACACACAGAUCGCCGUGCAGAGAGUCCAGGGGCUGCGGAAGGUCUAUGAUGUGAUGUUUCUGGGAACAGAUGACGGGCGACUGCAUAAGGCCGUUAGUGCUGCUGACAAGAUACACAUUAUUGAAGAGAUCACACUGUUUCCAAGGCAACAGCCUAUACAACAUAUUGAAUUGGACUCAAGCAAGGGUGUGUUGUUUGUGUCCUCCUACUCGGCCGUUCUGCAGCUGAGUGUGAGUAACUGCUCGGCCCAUGGCACCUGUGGGGAGUGUGUGUUGGCGCGAGACCCGUACUGCGCCUGGGCCGGAACACGCUGCGCUGACCUCACACACACACCGCCGCAGGGGCAGUGGCAGCAGGACAUUGAAAAUGCAGACCCAUCCUCGCUGUGUAAAAGCACAGCCACCCCACGCUCGGCAAAGUCACAGAGCCCUGACAUUUCUGCAUGUCAGGUGGUCGUCGUACCUGCCAACACCUUCCGCGUUCUUCCAUGCAAGCUACGGUCUAACCAUGCACACCGGACGUGGUCAUACAGCCCCAGCACGCAUCACUUCCUGUUUCCUGGCCCAGAGGGCGGGCUAGUGGUCGGCGGCAUAGAGGGGUCCGAGAGACUUUACUCCUGCUGGGCAGAGGAACAGGGUUUUCAGCAACUAUUGGCCAAUUAUUGUGUGAGGGCGGAGCCAAGAGUCCAGAGACCCACUCCUAUUGGUCAACCAAGAGCACCACAUCCCUUGGAGGAGGAGUCAGUUAUCCUGCCUGAUCGGUCCCACUCCCCAUGGGCGACUGCGAAGACCUACCGCGCAGAGCUGAUCGCCGUGUGUGUGCUCCUGUGUGUGUGUGUGCUGUGCUUUGGUGUGUGUGUGGUGUACGGCCGGGCGAGGGUGCCGCCCACACAGCCACAGAAGCCGAGGAUUGUGGGUAAACCGACUGAGAGUUUGCCGCUGAACGGCGGCUCCAUGCCGACCACGCCGUCUGAACUCAAGGGCUAUCAGACGCUGGAGGAGAACUACUGCGCGCACACACACCCUCCCACGCCCACACACCCACAACCGACGCACUCAGAGAAACAGACUCACGGAGACGACUCUCCCAUCUGUCCAAGGCCUCGCGUCAGACUGGGAUCUGAGAUCAGAGACUCCAUAGUGUAGACACACACACACACACACGCAUACGCACACAUGCACACACGCACACACGCACACACACACACACACACACACACACACACACACACACACACACACACAGGCCUACAAAGACAUACAGACACACAGUUAAUGUGAAGAUGAUAUUCAGACACACUCUAAACGACUCGUCAGAACUGAGUGUAGUUCUUAACCACCUCCAUGUCUCACUCGUUUGUUUACCUGUCUGGUAUUACCUCGUCAUUUUACUGUGAGCAAAAAACCUGAUAAGCAGACUUGCAUUAUAUAGCACAAGGCGAGUGCUCAGACACUGGACAUCACUGUCCCUCUGAGCUUACUGUAAUGUCUUUUCAAAACAUCACAAGCGUUCAAUGACCAGUCUGAUCUUUUUAGAGGCCACAGGUAUCUUCCUCAGCAGACUAACCUUUGAGGCUCUAACACCAGUAAGAUCUGACCUUCCCUUGCUAAAUGACCAGAAGUGCAUCUUAAACACAACAUGCACACAUUCUGUGUUGUGAUAUAUGACUUCCAUAUCAUCUUGAUAUUAUUUUUGUGAGACUGUUAAAUAUGGCACAACAUUCUGUUAGUAAUCAUUUGCACUGGCUUCUGACAAAGACCUUUUGACUCACCACUGAAUGUAUGUGUACUAGAAGAGUAUUAACAAGCUGUUAUUUUAAUGUGACGCUCACAGAUUAAGUCUUUGAAAGUAGUUUUUUUUAUAUCUGUUCACAGUCCCUCCACUGAAGACAAAAGAAAACAGGGGGUUCUGUUUGGGUGUUUUAUAAUAUUGUUUUCAUUGCAAGUUGGGGAUCUACUGUAAGAAAUGACUCUUGAGUUUUACUCUUAUGUUAAUUGGGUUUAUACUGCGUGCCUAACUACCAACUUCCUGUUACUGUUCCCAACAACACUUUUCUUCCUCUUUUUCAGUGCUCUUCAUCCUCUCAUCUUUUUGUCUUGCUUUGAGUCUCUAUCCCUGUAUCAUCCACUGACUCACAUGCAGACUCACCUACACACACAGUCGGUUGGUUGGAGUCAAUUGUGUGUGUGUGUGUUUUAUGUGGAUUGUACUGUUCUGAGCCAUACUGACAUACUGCUUCUGCUUGUUCUUCACUGUUCGUAACUGCACUUUAUUUGGUUGAUUACAUCCAAUGAAAAUGUUUUGGAGCAUCACUAAGUGUAGUGGGGUCACUUUUUGUGAUACGUAGGAGGACAUCCUCCUGGCAGCAUGAUAUGUGUAGGGGGACAUCCUUAGUGCAAGCCCCUGGCAGCAUGAGAGGGUGGAUGUGGAGACUUACUGUCCUGUCAGGGCAUACGGAGGAGUUUUUCCUUCAUCUCAACACUCUCCCUGAUGAAGGACCACGCCAUUGGUACAGCAUGAUGACAAACAGCAAUCACACAGUAAAUAGUUAACACCUCAUCUAUAAACUCAUCCCAUUAUUUGGAAACUAUUUCCAACAUGAGAGAAGGGUUGUGUUGUCUGUCAUGGGGAGAAGAGUUUAACAUGUCUGUCUACGCAUUGUGUAUUUCCUUACGUUUCUAAGAAAUGGAUACAGAUCAUCAUUGUUUAGUGUGAGAGUGAUCCAGAUCACCAUCUGGGUCCAGGAGGCGCUUGGCAGAGGUCUGUGCUCUCGGAGAGCUUUUCUGGUUUAUUUGAAUAACCAUGAUAAAUUAUCUCUGUGAAAAUC